AAUGAAAAUAAUGAAUGGAAUAACACGAGCCUGCAACGAAGAACUGCAAAGCUACUUAAAGGUGGAGUACGACUGUGUGGAAGAUGUAUUUGCAGCUUUACAGUGCCGGGAUAUGCGCUCCACUAUGACAUUAUCAUCAGAAAAGGGCAACUUAGUUGCUUCCUCCUCUUACGAUUGUCGCUACAAGAUCAAAGCUGCCCAAGUUCACCAUCGGAUUCGAUUAACCUUACUCGACUUUACUGCCUUUAGAACGAAUGGUUCCUGGAGCAAUACCAAAUAUCGACAUAACUCCAAAGUUCUUUUCACGGUCUCCGACCAAAGUACCAACCAACGAUAUACAAGUACCAUGCAAAGGAGAUCAGUAGUUUACGUUAGUGAAAGACCGGAAAUUGACGUCAGCAUUAUGAAACUGGAACGGGAGUUUGGAAGCUUUAUCUUGCAAUACGAAGCAAUCGGCUGCAAAAGAUUACAAGAAGAUCCCAAAUACUUGUAUAAAUAUGGUGAAUUAAAAGUGUCAAUCAGCUGCAAGGAUAAAGAUAUCUUAACUAUUUUCGAAUGUAAAGGAGUUGACUGGAUUGGAGAAUACCCAAAUUGCGUUUCGGAAGUUAAAGAGAAAGUUUUUGAUAUACCCUACGGCGUAUUAGUGUCUAUCAUUAUUGCGGCGUCUUUAAUCUUGGGGGUUGUUAUUCUCGUAUGCGGACUCGUUUUUCUACAGUGGCGUCGAAAUAAAGAAAUAUACAAGGAAACUACUUUAAGAAAACCGAUUGGUGCUCGUAAACUUGCACAGCAGCAAAAAGAAGGAAUUUCACAAAACGAACCCCUGUAUAAUGAAUACUCUAGGAUAGACUACCAACAGGUAGCGCCUCGAGAGGUUUGUCCCCACCGACCGAUCUAUUAUGAAUUGGACACUUCUUCCAAAUCGGGCCGAGAAAACGGCUGCGACACUCGCGUAACCGUAUAA